UAAGGAUCUAAAUUUAUAUUAUGUCACGUAAAAAAGAAUAGAUCCAGCGCGCUAUUUUAUCUGUGCAGUUAAUUUGGUUUUUCAAAACGCAACCAACGAGUACAGAAAUGAACGGCCAUUGCUUUGAGGACGACAAUGAAAGUGAAAAGUCUUUUGCUUCAGCACCUGAAUGGGAAACGAAACCCAUAAGAAGUUGCCCCCUUCAGCCCCAUGUGUUGUUGUCGCUGGACCAGAAACUCAAGCGCAUAAUAUUUAUUCAGCAAACGGACCAAUCCUAUCAUAAAGCUCUGAGCGACAUAUGCGACCAGAUGAUAAUUUCAGUGCUGAUCGAGCCGUUCUUUUAUGGGCGGCAUUGCAAUGCAUCGGUCAUUGUUAUUGCCACGGCAAAUAACACCUAUGUUUUUGAUCUAAAAGCCAUGGGUGCGAUUUUUUCAGAGCUGUCCAAGUUGCUAGAGGCAGAGUGUCCUCGGAAGAUAAUGCACUACAGCCAUCGGAUAUGUGAUUUGCUGUUGCAUCAGCAUAAGCUAAGAAUCAAUGGGAUUUCCGAUACUUUUGUGGCUUGGUGCGUGGCUCGACAGGAUCGAAGUCAUUGCACGUUGCAGGAGGCCAUAUCGCUUACCUUUGACCUGCACCCUUCCGAGCUGACCUGUGAUGAGAUUAAAAGUGUCACCGAAUCGGUGCGCAACUUUACCGCACGCCCCUUAUCGAGGGGUCAGCUGCAGUACUUGGGCAAGAUAGCCAUAUUACAACAUAAAUUGCAUGACACGCUAAUCUACGAAAAUAUUUGUAGGGAUUUGCAACUGAUGUCUGGGAAAUUCAGUUGCGAGUUUAACAAACAAAGCAACUCCGAUGAAGUGGCCAUGGAAAUGGGACCCACUAGCAAAGCUGGCUUCGACUGCAUCGAUGCGUCUUACAAAAUAACGUCUACAAUUAACUAGUCACCAUUUAUUAGCAUGAAAACAUUCUCUACAUCAACUUAUGAAUAUUAUAUUAAAUGUACACAUUUUCCAUGCUUGAAAAACUAGAAAAAUGUUAAAAACAUAUUUUAUGCAGAGGUGAACCUUAAGAAUAACUAAUAUACAUGAUCUGUAUUUUUCACAACGAUACACUUCGUUUAAGACAUAAUAUUUCGAACUCCAAAUUAAAAUUUAGAUGUCAGCAAAUUAACUCUGGUCUGCAAGGGUAUAUAAUCUUUGGAAAGCCUAAGUUACCCAUUCUUUCUUUUUUUAUACUUAUUGUGCUUUUCGUGAAAUAUGUUUAGAUUUUUACUGUAACGCUACCACUCGACCGAUUCUUCCUAUGGCAGAAAUGUUUCAAAAUUUAUAAUAAAAUAAAAUAUAAUUAAA